AUGAGGCCGAUCAAUAUUGUAGAGGGGGAGCAUUUUAGAGAUUUAAUAUCAAAUCUUGAGCCGGGAUACGAGAUGCCUGGAAGAACUUUUUUUGGAAAACAGAUUGAAACUACAUAUUCGCAGUAUAAAUGCAAACUCAUGUCUAUUUUAAAAGAACAAAAUGUGAUAUCUAUCACAACAGAUGCAUGGACAAGCAUCCGGAUGGAAGCUUAUAUAACUGUUACAGCACAUUUUGUCAUGGCAGGAGAACUACAGAACUAUGUAUUGUCCACUACACAAAUAGUUGGGGACCAAACUGGUAUAAACUUGAAAAGUUACAUCCUGUAUGUACUGAAUGAUUUUUCUAUCCCCCCAUCCUCCAUAUUUGCUAUAGUAACAGACAAUGGGGCGAAUGUUGUUUCUGCAUGUAAAAUUUUACAAACUGAACAUGGCUGGCAUCACAUUCGUUGCGCUGCUCACACCCUCCAGCUGUGUAUCAAAGAUGCCAUCAAAAAUACAGAAAUAGCAAGGGCACUAGGUGCUGCGCGGCACUUAGUGCAACACUUUAGAAGGUCAGCAAAAUGCAUGACAGCGUUGCGACGCCAUGCUCAGUCGGCAGACACUGAAAUAAAAAACAUUGAGAUGCCGAUAGACGUUUCAACCAGGUGGAACUCCACAUUUGCUAUGAUAGCAAAUCUUGUGAAAAACCAGUGGAUAUUUCGUUCGGUACUGGCUGAUCCAACAAUUGUCCCACGAGCGACAGCAGUCAGUCUUGAACUAAAGGACAACCACUGGAGCUUGCUGAGAGAAAUUUCUAUCAUAUUGAAACCAUUCAAGACAGCCUCUGAUCACCUUGAAGGAAGUAAUUAUGUGACGAUGUCAUCUUUGCUACCAAUUGCAAAUAGUUUAGUAGUGUGA